AUGCCUGCUACCACCGCAGAGACUCUGUCUCUCGUCACACGGAACGUCUCCGUUGCCCCUCUCGUUCUUCUUUCCGUUGUCGAUCACUACAACCGGGCGGUAGUCAAGGGAUCGAAACGCAGAGUGGUCGGUGUCCUUUUGGGCUCUAACGAUGGCAAGAACGUCCGCGUAUCCAACAGUUUCGCAGUACCCUUCGAGGAGGAUGACAAGGACCCCUCAGUGUGGUUCUUGGACCACAACUACGUCGAGGGCAUGAACGACAUGUUCAAGAAGGUCAAUGCAAGGGAAAAGCUGAUCGGCUGGUACCACUCCGGACCCAAGCUGCGGGCGUCGGAUCUCGAGAUCAACGAGUUGUUCAAGCGCUACACCCCGAACCCUCUCCUAGUCAUUAUUGAUGUACAACCGAAGGAGGCGGGCGUGCCAACGGACGCAUACUUCGCCGUGGAGGAGAUCAAGGAUUAUGUCCAGGACGGCACAACCACCUCAAGAACCUUUGUCCACACUCCGUCAAUCAUCGAGGCCGAGGAAGCAGAGGAGAUUGGUGUCGAGCACCUUCUCCGCGAUAUUCGCGACGUUGCAGUCGGCACCUUGUCGACCCGGAUAACAAACCAGCUCCAGUCCCUCCAAGGGCUACACCUCCGUCUGCGCGACAUUGGCGCCUACCUCCAAAAGGUCCUCGAUGGCCAACUCCCGGUCAACCACGCCAUUCUAGGCAACCUCCAAGACGUCUUCAACCUUCUGCCCAACCUGUCGACGCCGCCAAAGGGUGACGGCAAGUCGAGCGGCGGCGAGCUCUCCCAUGCCAUGAGCAUCAAGACAAACGACCAGCUCAUGGCCAUCUACCUCAGCAGUCUGAUCCGUGCGAUCACGGCCUUCCACGACCUCAUCGAGAACAAGAUCCAGAACCGACAGCAGCAGGAGGAGAAGGAGGCCAAGAAGGACGAGGCAAACGGCAAGGAGGAGAAGAAGGAUGAUAAGGCCAACGGCGUGAACGGCGAGUCUAAGGAGUCUUCGGACAAGGAUAAGGAGGCGAAGGAGAAGAAGAAGUAG